GAUACAUUUGAAUAUUUUUCCCAAAAUAAUUCUUGCUGAUUGAGAGAGAGAAGGGCCCAACACUCAAUUUUUGGGGCGAAAUGAGCUCUCAACCUUAAACUCAUUAUUAAGCAUAUAUAUCAUUUUUCAUUGAAGUUCCCAACAAGAAAUCUUAAAUUUAUUUUUCAUUCAAGUUCCCAACAAGAAAUCUUGAAUUUAUUUUAUUCAAUUUUUGAGUUUUUGUUUUCUCCCAAGUUGAUAUCAUUUCCUCUUCCUAACAUUUGUUAUUUUUGUAUGAAAAAAGAGGAAGGAUCAAGAUGGGGUACAAGAUGAAAUUUUGUUUUAAUGUUUUCAUUGUUCUUUUCUUUUUCCAAGUUUGAAACUCUUUCUCUUGUAAAGAUAUUUGCUUUGGGGGGAAAAGAGGAAGGAUCAGGAAUUGACAAGAUGGAAUUUUGAGUUUUAAUUGUUUUUAGACUUUUCCUAAUUAUUUUUUAAAAAUCUCCUUCUCUUUUUGAUUAUAUUGUGGAAAAGAGGAAGGACAAAGAAUUAACAAGAUGUUACAAAGAGCAGCAAGUAAUGCAUAUUCAUGGUGGGCAGCUAGCCACAUAAGGACCAAGCAAUCCAAAUGGCUUGAACAAAGCCUUCAAGAUAUGGAAGAGAAGGUAGAGGCUGUGGUUAAACUCAUUGAAGAGGAUGGAGAUUCAUUUGCAAAAAGAGCAGAAAUGUACUACAAGAAAAGGCCAGAGCUGAUAAACUUUGUGGAAGAAUCUUAUCGUGCUUAUCGAGCUUUAGCUGAACGAUAUGACCAUUUAUCGAAGGAAUUGCAGGCUGCCAACAACACCAUUGCUACAGUUUUCCCCGAACAAAUUCAACUAGCAAUGGAGGAGGAGGACGAAUAUGGCGCCCCUAAAGUUCCAAAAACUCCCCGGCAAAUCCCCACAUCAAAUGGAUCAAACGUUCCAAAGGUUCCAACUGCUCCAAUAAAACAGUUGAAGGGCCUUAUAACCUCAGCUUCAAAGAAGUUACAAGGCAAGAAAGCAUCCAAACAAGAAGAUGCAAGUAAAAAUGUUCCAAAAUCCGGUUUGCAAAGAACCGAAGCUCUUGAAGAGAUCGACAAGCUUCAAAAAGACAUUUUGGCUUUGCAGACUGUGAAAGAGUUUGUAAAGAGUUCCUAUGAAUCUGGUCUUUCAAAGUACAAGGGAAUCGAAAGCCAAAUCAUGGAAAAGCAACAAAGGAUAUGUAAACUAGAGGAUGAAUUUGGUGAGAGACGUGUUAUUGAUGAUAAUGACGCUUGUACAUUGAUGGCUGAAGCUGCACUAAAAUCAUGUCAAGAAACAUUAGCUCAGCUCCAGGAGAAACAAGAAAGAUCGACAAGAGAAGCGAGCAAGGAAUUCAAAAAGAUUGAAGAUGCUAGUUCGAAACUGAAGUCAUUCAAGCAUAAUUAUCUUGGUGAUCAGAUUGAUGAAAAAAAGCCAGAUGAAAAAGAUAAUGCAACUAAAGCAGUAACUGAAUCUCAUAUCCUAAGCCAAGAAUUGAGAAAGGACAUUGAAUUGUUGCAGCACAAGAUUGCAGAGCAAUUUGAUGUGAGCUCAAUGGCAUCACUAACGGUGACACAACUAGCAGAGAAAAUCGAUGAGCUCGUGAGUGAAAUUGUCAGCCUAGAAACAGCCGUUUCAGCUCAAACUGUUCUAAUCGACAGAUUAAAAUCAGAAGGUGAUGACCUCCAAAUACAAAUUCAUGUUUUGAAAGAUGAUAAGGAACCAUUAACAGACGACAACAAACAAAAUCUCAAAAUCAGUGCGAUGGAUAUUGAGGACAAGUUACAGGGUAUCCAAAAAAUGAACAAAGAUGUUGAAUUUCAAAACAGUCGCCUUCAAACUUGCUUUGCCACAGCCCGUACAAGUCUUCAUUGUUUAGCUGAGAAAUUGAGUAGUGUGAAACCAGAUGAAGAGGUCCAGGACGAAGAGGAGCCCAUUGUCAAAGUCAAGUCUCAAGAUGAGCCAAGAAAACAGAAAGCUCAUCAAAGUGAAAGUGAAGGUCCAAAGAACUUUAGUAUCUCGAAAACAGAAGAUCAAGACGUUAGUAAAGAAGAAUCUCCCAGCACAAUUGUUAGUAAUAAAGAAGGAGAAGUUAUAGAAACCACAAAUAGUCAUUCUAAUUCCAAAAUUUUGGAACAAACACAAGUUGAAAAAGUUGAUGAGAAAGUUUCAACUCAUGAGGCACUAUCACACGAAGUUGAGGAGAAAGGCGACGAGCCUAACUGGAAGGAGCUGCUGUCAAGUCGGUUGGAGGAUAGGGAAAAGACUCUCUUAGCAGAAUAUACAACAGUUCUCAGGAAUUAUAAGGAGGUCAAGAAGAAGCUAAGUGAAAAGGAGAAGAAAGAUAGGGACACUGAAUUCGAAGUCACAUUGCAGAUGAGAGAGCUUAAAAGUGCUAUUGCAAAGCGGGACGAAGAGAUCAACAGUCUACGCGAGAAAGUAAACGUUCUGCAAGCAGAUAAUGUUGCUGAAAGCAAUGCAUUGAAGGAAAAGAAACAGCAAGCGUCCGAUCCUUCAGAUGAUCAAAGCUUAAAAAAAUCCAAGGACAUGGAAGAGACAGAGGACAAAGAGAAUCGUAAUGACCAAGAUAUUGCAAAGAUGACUAUGGUCGAUGAACAUGCAUCUCCCUCACUCAUCGAGGAAAAUUUCCGGAUGGAAAUUGACGCAUUACUAGACGAAAACUUGGGCUUUUGGCUAAGAUUCAGCACAACAUUUCAUCAGAUUCAAAAAUUCAAGACAACAGUCCAAGAUUUACAGAGUGAAAUAUCAAAACUAAGAGAAAAAGAAACCGAAGAGAGCAAUAGUACAAACACAGACAUGAAAUCAGAAAUCAGGCCUCUAUAUAAACACAUGAGGGAAAUCCAAAAUGAGUUAGGAGUAUGGUUAGAACAAAGCGUUCCUUUGAAAGAUGAAAUGAAGCGUAGGUCCUCUACAUUGUGCAAAAUUCAAGAGGAGAUCACGAAAGCUUUGAAGGACGGAGUUGAAGAAGACAAGAUCAGAUUCAGUAGUCAUCAAGCUGCAAAGUUCCAAGGUGAAGUAUUGAACAUGAAACAAGAGAACAAAAAGGUUAAAGAGGAACUUGAAGCCGGUGUUGAUCGUAUAAAUACACUUCAAGUAGAUGUUGAAAAGACAGUAACGAAAUUAGAGAAAGAAUAUGGACUUGCUGCUGGAAAUCAACAAGAAGUUAAUAACUCACUAGGCGGAUCAAUUCCAUUAAGAUCAUUCAUCUUUGGAACUAAACCGAAGAAGCAGAGGCGUUCGGUCUUUUCCUCCUUCCAUAGCAAUAAGAAAUCCCUAUAGGCUGGGGUGGGUAGGGUACCUUUGUAGAAUCUUCUCUUUUCAGCUUUCCCUCUUUGGUCUCAUUCUUCUACAAGUUUAUACAUAUUGUGUCUUCUUCUUUUUUUCAGCUAUUUUGUCCUAAUUAAGUUACAUUUUUCUUGAAAUGAAAAUAAAAUUGAUAUUAUAAUUACUUUUA